UUCAGACCUUCCAGUGGCCUCAGGUGCCCGGGCGGCGUCUGGACUGACCUUGGGCCAGGCUUCGGCCGCUACUGGCAGCUCCCGACCGGCUCACGCGGUGGGAGGGGCGGUCGAGGAAAGGGGCCGCAGCGGAGACGCGUGGGGGAGGCCGGAGAAUCUUUUCAAAGAAGAAUGGAGGAAAAUAUGAAGCUUGCUACAGUGGAAGACACUGUGGAGUAUCACCUAUUCCUGAUACCCGAUGAACCAAGGGACCCAGAAAAACACAAAGAGAUUCUUCAAAAGUAUAUUGAGAGGAUAAUGACUCAGUUUGCACCUAUGCUGGUCCCCUAUAUCUGGCAGAAUCAGCCUUUCAAUCUUAAAUAUAAACCUGGGAAAGGAGAUGUUCCUGCUCAUAUGUUUGGCAUGACAAAGUUUGGGGAUAAUAUUGAAGAUGAAUGGUUUAUUGUUUAUGUAGUAAAGCAAAUUACAAAGGAAUUUCCAGAGUUAGUAGCAAGGAUUGAAGACAAUGAUGGUGAGUUCUUGUUAAUAGAAGCUGCUGACUUUCUCCCUAAAUGGUUGGAUCCUGAUAAUAGUGCCAAUAGGGUGUUUUUCCACCAUGGAGAAUUGUGCAUUAUUCCUGCACCAAGGAAACCUGGAGCAGUGUCCUGGUUACCCUCCACACCCCCAACAAUCCCACAAGCAUUGAAUAUAAUCUCAACACACCCAGAAGAAAUUUUGGCUUCAGAAUCUAUACGAGCUGCUGUCAAUAGGCGCAUCAGAGGAUACCCAGAAAAAACUCAAGCCUCCCUUCAUCGUGCGCGCUGCUUCCUUCCAGCUGGCAUUGUAGCGGUGUUAAAGCAGCGCCCCCGAUUGGUGGCUGCGGGAGUCCAGGCGUUUUACCUGCGGGACCCCACUGACCUGCAAGCCUGCCGCGUUUUCAAGACUUUCUUGCCUGAAACACGAAUAAUGACAUCGGUGACUUUCACUAAAUGUCUAUAUGCACAGUUGGUACAACAAAGAUUUGUGCCAGACCGACGAAGUGGAUACAAGAUGCCUCCUCCAUCUCAUCCUCAAUAUCGAGCCCAUGAAUUGGGCAUGAAGUUGGCUCAUGGAUUUGAGAUCUUAUGCUCUGAAUGUAGCCCACAUUUUUCUGACUCCAGGAAAUCCUUCAUGACUACCUCACCACUUUGGGCUGGCUUCCUUGAAAGCCUGAAAAAGAAUGAUUACUUUAAGGGACUGAUAGAAGGUUCUGCUCAGUACCAGGCAAGGCUAGAAAUGGCAAAGAACUACUUCCAACUUUCAGUUAACCGACCAGAAAGCUCUCUUGCUAUGAGCCCAGGUGAAGAAAUCUUAACCUUAUUACAAACUGUACCAUUUGAUAUAGAAGAGCUUAAGAAGGAAGAAGCUAAUCUUCCCCCAGAAGAUGAUGACCAGUGGUUAGAUCUCUCACCAGAUCAACUGGACCAGCUACUGCAGGAAGCUGCUGGCAAAACAGAAGCAGAGCCCAUUUCCAAGGAGGAGCAGAACUAUGACUUAAGUCAAGUCUCAGAAAGCAUGAAAGCCUUCAUUUCCAAAGUUUCAACCCACAAAGGAGCAGAGCUACCUCGAGAAACUUCUGAGGCUCCAAUCACUUUUGAUGCAGAUUCUUUUCUUAAUUAUUUUGACAAGAUUUUAGGUCCAAGUCCUCAUGAAUCAGACUCCGAUGAUCUGGCUGAGGAAGACUUUGAAUGUUUGGAUAGUGAUGAUGACUUGGAUCUUAAAACCCAGGAGACUGGGGAAGAAGCAUCUGUAAAAGGAACUCUUAAUAAUCUCAAGUCAUACAUGGCCCAGAUGGACCAGGAAUUAGCACAUACCAGCAUUGGCAAAAGUUUCACCACCCAGAAGCAAAUGGAACCUCUAUCCCAGACUACCAAUAAUUCAGAUGAGGAAGAUUCUGGUGCAGGCGGAUCUGUUAUGACACCAGUGGAUAUAGACCUGAACCUGGUUUCAAAUAUACUGGAAUCCUAUAGUUCCCAAGCUGGACUGGCAGGACCUGCGUCCAACCUUUUACAAAGCAUGGGAGUACAGCUGCCUGAUAACACUGAUCACAGACCCACAAGGCUGUGGCUACCUCAUCAUGACUGAACCAGCCAGCUGCCUCUAGUUCUUUCAAGUUCACCUGGAUCUAAAAGACAUAAAGAAAAACAGAAUGUAAGGUUAGGAGCUACAAAAUUUAGAAUACUCUGGCCAAAGGUGAGAAAAUGUUCCCAGAACUGAGCAAUACCUGGGAUCUACAGGCUGAGAGAUAAUCAAUUUUAGAUAUUGUGCAGAAGCAAAAGAGGCAUAAUUAAAAGGUGAGAGUUAAAUAUAUUUUUUUAAUCAGUGUAAAAGAAAAAAGUGCCUUUUAAAAAUCUUGGAAGCACAAAUACUGAAAUACUAAAGAGUGGUUAACAGUGAGGUGUAAUAUAUAAAUAAUUCUUCAUUAACUUUCAAUUUAAAAAGAAAAUAAAAUUACUCUUCUCUAAGGGAUAAGGGAUUAUUAAUGAUUAUCAAAGGCAUAGUAUCUUCUUUGCAAUGUACAUUGUAUCCACAGGAAGCUGAGACAGAUGAGAUAUUAUUAAUUCUAUGCAAACCAAAACACAAUAGACUUUGGCAGGUAGGGACCACAAUGCCAUCUAUCAGGAUGCUGCAGAAGAGCAAGAUGAGGCUGGAUAAGACAACAUCUAAAUCCCUUUCAACCAGAAGUUCCUAUGAUUUUAUAUAAUUGGUCCCCAACAUCCUAACAACCUUGAAUAAGACCAACCCUGAAAUCAGUCCUUUAAUUUGAUAUAUUUAUUGUGUGCCUACUCUGUGUAAGAUGUUCAGUUAAGUACUGCUGAAAAAUAAAUUGUCACAUGACUGAGAUACAUACAAAGAAGAAUGGUAAUUGUGCGGGUGCUCUGAAUUUUCAUGGAGAUUGCUUCCUUUAUAAGAUUGCAAACUCCUAAAGGGAACAAAUCCCAUGUUACACAUCUUUGUAUAAUGUAGACAAUGCUGGACUAGAAAGGUGCCUACUGACCAUUGUGGGUGAAGCAAAGGAAAUACAUACCCUAAGGAAGCAU